AUGAUCUAUUCAACGCGCCGUUUUCUCGCUUUGGCAUGUUACAAGCGCAACGACAAACCAUCCUGCCGCUUUGGCCUCGAGUGGUCUCAGCAGGACGUCCUUGAUCAUACAGAUGAUUUCAUCUGGGAUCUUUUGUACUGGGAGGGCAAGUUCCAUCAAAACGACGUAGCCUACAACACAGCCAAUGGCAUGUCUUAUGACGGCACCCAGCUUGACUGGAAGAGUGGAAAGCGCACUACGAAGCACACGUUUAGUGCUGCAAGCAAAGAGGCACUCCAAAUCAUGCUCUAUGCUCAAGCCAUCUCUGGAUCCAAGGAAGCAGCCCGCUUUUUAACACCGCAAAAUCUUGGUGCAGCACCAGGGUUCGCCGCCACCAUCAUGGAGACCAAGUUGAAGACUUACCUUCAGUUCAAUGAAACCUAUCCGGGCUUUGGUGGUUAUCUGCCUUGGAUUAAGACCGAUAUUCAGGACAUCAAGCCUCAAGACGGCUGGGAUAACCGAAUUAAGGGCUGGGCUAACUCAGUGUACAGAGAACUCAUUUGGGCCGUCUACGCAUGCAUUGAAGCCUUGCAGAAGCAGCCCAAUGCCAAGUUCCACAAGAUCGCAGACGGCUGGCAAGACUGGCUCGACUACGUCGCCUCAACCGCUGCCGAGAUAUUCUACAUCGGCAAAGGCCGAGUAUGUGCCGUAACCGAAAUCGCGGAUCAAACCUUGCCGGUUGAUGACCCCAAGCAGUCUUACAAAUGCGAGACUGAGACUUACCUUGAUGAUCCAUACGAGGGCGAGCUGUUCACGUAUUUCCUGCAAUUCUUCAGCAAGUUGUCAAAGGCGGACAAGAAGAAGCUGUGGGAGUACAAGAGGCCCAAGCUGGAGAAGACUGAAUACUCCCAGGGUGGUGUUGGCCCCAUCACGGUGCGAAAGGGCUUUUGGUUCUCAAGCCACGAGAUUUGGAACCAACUUGAGCUUCCGUACUAUGACGUUGACAUUGUCCGUCGCCUCUUCUUGAACGGAGAGCGAGCCCGCACAUGCAACUCGGUGGUCACCAAGUCUCCCGGCCUAUAUGCCUCGGUUAAUAACUCAACUGACCCAGAAACUGAUACCAUCAUUGGCUACAUCUCUCCCGCUGGAAUUCCGUCCAUCGCAAGCCAGAAAGACCAGUAUCAUGAUGUCAUAACCCCCUACGGCGCAUUCCCGGUUGUCUUGUUUGACAAGGGCGUGGGGUUGGCAUGGUGGAGAAACAUGAUUGUCGGCAAGAAGAUGCAAAAUCCCUACGGAAGCACAGAGUCAACUCGGGUCGACGGUGAGCUGGUUUCGGCUCUUGUGACAUGGGACAGCAAGGUUACCACUGUUGUUGCCCUGCUGGGUGGCGUCGUAGACCUCGUCCGUGAUAGAAUGCGAUCUGACGGCAUCUACAACGAGUUCUUGAAGAUCACUGAGGGUGAGGAUAUCGACUUGUGUCUUCCAAAGGAGAAGGUUCCGGAUGCUGGAUUGAAGGAUUUUACGGCAUGCCGGGCGUAG